AUGUCGGCCGUUGGUGUCAAGCGGGAUCACAAUGGCCGUGCUAAGGCCGUGGCUGAUGGCCCGCGCGGCCGUUUUCACGACAUGUUUGAGGGUUUCCGCGACGAGCUGGACCAGCACCACGACAGACGCGAGCGCCUUGUCAAAGUCUCGAGAGACGUAACAGCACAAAGUAAAAAGAUCAUUUUUGCACUACAAAGAGUCAAGGAACUCAACAAAGAGCUACCGCCCAAUAUCCAAAAGGACAUGGACACCAGGAUAGCCGAAAUAGCCACGCUGCUCGGGUCCAUCGCGCCGGACCUGCAGUCCAUCAACCGCUACCGCUACCAGUCCUCCAUGCGGUGCCUCGAGGAGCUCGUCGAGGCGCUGUCCUUUGCGCACUACCUGCGCCACCAGACGCUCAUCACCCCGGAGCAGACGCAGGCCGCCGUGCCGGCCGACGUCCGCCUCACCGAGUACGACUACAUGUAUGGCGUCUUUGACCUGUUUGGCGAGCUGAUGCGCUUCGCCACCAUCACGACGGCGCAGACCGGCCAGCUGCUGGGCGACCACGGCCGCACGCUGCUUAGCGACAUGCAGGAGCUGGGCUGCGCGUACGAGAUGAUGCGUGACGUGCCGACGAGGGACUACCGCAACAAAGUCGAGGCCAUGCGCCAGAGCGUCAAGAAGGUGGAGAAGCUGGGCUACGGCCUCGUCGUUCGCGGCAGCGAGCGGCCCAAGGGAUGGGUUCCGGACAUGAAGGAGGAUAUUGCUGAUCAUGGAUCUCCAUAG